AGCGCGCGUCUCAUUCCAAUAGUACAUACUCAUCUUUCCAAGUCAAGAAUUUGUCGACAAGCCCAAAUGUUCUUUUUAUAGUGAAUAUAUUUUAUAUAACACAUCUAUUGUCUGAUCAUAACAUAUGGCACUUCGUUAAUUACAUUAAGGUUUUAUUUGUUUUAAUUAAGUAAUGACUCGGUGUCUUGAUAUUAAGGUUUGCGCGCAAAUUUUCCUCCUGUUGUACUGUAUUUGGAUAUCAGUGCUCCACUAAAUUUCACUAUGUUCCCGAGGAGUGGAUUACCUCCUGCGUAUUCUUUGGCACCACCGAAAAUAUCCAACUGCGCUUUGGUAAGAAAGAAAGCGAUUUUGCCUCUUGGAUUUUUAAUUUGACAUUUGUCCAUGGAAAAGAACAAGGAAGUGGAACAUUGACCAAAAAAACCAAGAGGAAUGAUUCGUACCUUUGUUAAAAUUCUUACAGCCUUAUUUGUUUGUGUCUUCGAGGCAACCAACUUCAGGGAGAUCAGUGCUAAGGAGUACGAUACCAGGGCAGCAGGUCGGAGCUCUGCACUGACCAUGUCUCCCUCUGAUUUUUUGGACAAACUCAUGGGUAGAACAUCAGGCUAUGAUGCUCGAAUAAGGCCAAAUUUCAAAGGUCCGCCCGUUAAUGUUACCUGCAACAUAUUUAUCAACAGCUUUGGUUCAAUAGCAGAGACUACGAUGGAUUACAGAGUGAACAUAUUCCUGCGGCAGCAGUGGAACGACCCCCGUCUGGCUUACAGCGAGUACCCUGAUGACUCCUUGGACCUGGACCCCUCCAUGCUGGACUCCAUCUGGAAGCCCGACCUGUUCUUCGCCAACGAGAAGGGCGCCAAUUUCCACGAUGUCACCACAGAGAACAAGCUGCUGAGGAUCUUCAAGGACGGCAAUGUGCUCUACAGCAUCCGACUCACACUCAUUCUCUCUUGUCCAAUGGACUUAAAAAACUUCCCCAUGGAUGUACAGACCUGUGCGAUGCAACUGGAGAGCUUCGGCUACACCAUGAAUGACCUGAUCUUUGAGUGGCUGAACGAGGGGCCAGUGCAGGUGGCAGAUGGCUUGACCCUGCCCCAGUUCAUCAUGAGGGAUGAGAAAGAGCUGGGAUACUGUACCAAACACUACAACACAGGUAAAUUCACCUGCAUCGAGGUGAAGUUCCACCUGGAGAGACAGAUGGGAUACUACCUGAUCCAGAUGUACAUUCCCAGCCUGCUCAUCGUCAUCCUGUCCUGGGUGUCCUUCUGGAUCAACAUGGACGCCGCGCCCGCCAGGGUGGCCCUGGGCAUCACCACGGUGCUCACCAUGACCACGCAAAGUUCAGGGUCCCGCGCCUCCCUGCCCAAGGUGUCGUACGUGAAGGCCAUUGACAUCUGGAUGGCUGUGUGCCUUUUGUUUGUGUUUGCUGCACUGCUGGAAUAUGCAGGUGUUAACUUUGUCUCACGGCAACAGAAGGAGUUCCUCCGAUUGAGACGCAGACAGAGACAACACAAGGAUGACGACAUGGGGGAGAGUCGUUUCAGUUUCACCGGGUACGCCAUGGGCCACUGCCUGCAGGCCAGAGACGGAACCGCGGUCAAGACCACCGCGCCAAACCCAGCACCCCCUGCCCCUAAAGACUCGGAUGCCACCAAGAAGAAAUUCGUGGACAGGGCCAAGAGGAUCGAUACAGUGUCCAGAGCCGCCUUCCCGCUGGCUUUCCUCAUCUUUAAUACCUUCUACUGGAUUACCUACAAAAUCAUCCGGCACGAGGACGUCAUCAAGGUGUAGCGCUGGCGUCCGUCUGAACCUGCCACACUGGCAUCCGUGAAAAUAAACAAUCUCAAAAACCUUUUCUUUUUUCUCUCCAUAUGUUGGGAUUGUGUAGUGAGGCUAUGAGGAGUGUGAUAAAAUGGUUUUCUCACGGAAUAGAGGAGGCUGCAUAGUCAUUGCCAAAAUGUACAUAUACUCAAUAUAGUGAACAUGUAUUUAAAAAAUGGAGCAUGUUAUUAUUUAUGGUUAAUCACUGGAAGCCAAUUUUUUUUAGAUUACACUGAACUCUGUAGAGUUGAAAUGAGGUAAUUUAUGUGGACCAAAUUUUCUAAAACACUGCUUUAUACUGUACUUACAUGAGCAGCACCGUGUCGGUUAAUGAAUAGCCUAGGGUGGGAUUUAGGAGGAAGUAGUUUUGUGUGGAAAAUGUUUAAUACUAAGUGGAAAUAUAAAUGCCACAUGAAUAAAGAAGUAUUUUGGUGAAGUA